GUCUACAGCGCGCGGAAGAGAAAACCUUGACAGGGAUACUUCUGGAUCUGUUUUUACCCCCUGGGAAAUAUUGUUUGACACCAUGCACCACGUCAAGAUCAAGUCGGAAAGGCCAGAGCUGGAGGAAAGCGGUGCACGCAGCAGACUGGAUGCUGUGCUGAAAGGACUUGUAGAGAAGAGUGAACAUGAGAAGGAUCCAAACGAAAAUGAUCCUGGGAAAAUAUCUGUGGAUUCUUUAAACAAGGAUUUGUCUCCAUCAUCUGCUGGAAAAAGACAAUCAACUCGAUUUCCACAACACCGUAGAAAGAAAAGGAAAGAGAUGGAAGAGGGAAUACCAGAGACUAAUCAGCAUAAACAAAAUGCCUACAUCAUUAAGCUGUUUGAUCGCAGCGUCGAUUUGGCUCAGUUUAACACCAGCACCCCGUUGUAUCCGAUCUGCCGUGCCUGGAUGAAAAACAAUCCUUCUGUUCGAGAGUCUGUAGCCUCCCCCGGCUCCCCGCCCGGCAUGACAGAGGAAGAGGUUACUGACAUGAUCAAUGGUAAAGGUCAAAACGUAUAUCGACUCCCUUCUCCAACUCUCUGCCAAGUUAGCUCUUCAGGUGAACCCGUCAAUCUCAGGAUCCCACUGGUGGAAAAACCCGCCGUCACUAAGGACAUUGCCAAAUAUCUGUUUACAGAAUUGUCUUCACCAGAAUCUCUCCGGUCUGACCAUAUGGAACGCUGGAAAAAGAUACGACAAAAAUGGAAGGAGUGUUCCAGCAGGAACCAACUGAGAUACAACGAGAGCAUCAAGAUCCUGAAGGAAAUGAAGGAACUCUAUGAUCACUAGCUGCUGGUGUUUUGGUUCUCUGGAUCAGGAUGGAUGCUGUUUUGUCUCCAUGGUGACCAGUGGCUUUGAUGUUAGCUGUUGAAGCACUCAACCUCUGCACAGAUUGAGCAGAAAGCAUUAACUAAACUCCUAGAAUAUGAUGUGAUUUAAAAUGUUCGAUGCAGUUCUUAUGUGGACAUUAAUGUGUAAAUACCUGAAUAAAUAAAUGAAAAAGAAAAGGCUGAAAACGAAGUUUCCUUAGGCAUUUGCAUUUCUGUUAGAUAAAUGAAAUAAAGAGGAUCACUGAAAGUCUCCACUUUCUGGA